AUGAACAACCAAAACCACCACAACCAAACUCGCAACAAUAAUCGAAUCGUUCUACUCUUUGAUUUGGAUUGUUUUUAUGCCCAAUGCGAACGGGUUCGACUUGGUUUGCCACUAGACACAAGUUUGGCCUUGUUGCAAUGGAAUUCGACCUUGGCCGUGACCUAUCCCGCACGAGAAUUUGGAAUUCAACGGGGAGAUUCCUGGGAUGCCGUAGCACAAAAAAGCAAGGGCAAGUGUCAUGCGAUUCAUUUGCACAUUUUGCAAUCCUCUAAUAGUAAUAGUAGUAGUAGUAGUAGUAGUAGUGGUAGUGAAAAAGGGGGAAAGAAUCAUGAGAAUGAUACGAACGAUGAUGAAGAAAAUAAGGAGGAUGACAUUGGAAUGGAAGAUCAAGACGCAGACUAUAAAACAGCCUUUGACAAAAUCUACAAAUUGACACCACCGCAACAAAUGGAGGAGAGGAAGCAACUGGGUGUUCGAAAACAUUAUUACGAGGGCAAGGCCUGUUUGGAACGAUAUCGAUUAGCCUCCAUGACGAUCUUUUCUGUAGUGUUGGAGAGUCUGACCAAGCAUUUGGGUGGAAAAGAUCAUUUCGUCCUGGAACGAGCGAGUAUUGAUGAAUUUUACUUGGACAUUACCAAAUAUUGCUACAAUAACGAUGGUUCUGACAUCAAUAAUGAAGGUCAUGUACAAACAUCCUCUACAACUGAUGAUUCUUCCAAAGCAAGCACAAGCACAGGCAAAGGCAAAGGCAUACCAAAUCAAAAGCCUACUGUUGUAGUCGGAGAUUCUUCCAUUCACAAUGAAGAUGACGAACAAUCACCCUUAAAAAUUGCACUGCAUCGAGCGUGUCAAGUGUCACAGCAGAUUCGAACCGACGUUUGGAAUCAUUUGGGGUUUACCAUGUCGGCGGGGAUUGCCACCAACAAAAUGAUGGCCAAAUUGGCAGCGGGCUAUGGGAAACCAAAUGGUCAAGCAGUCUUGCAUCCAAACAAUUUUGAGACCGUCAUGGAAACGACCAAAAUACGAAAGGUCCGCAAUUUUGGAGGCAAACUGGGGAAAAAGGUGAUUCACACAGUGUUGGAUGAAAAAAAAGAUGCCACCAUGGGGGACUUGGCGCAAGUUCCAUUACCAGUUCUCUUGCAUCACUUUUCGCAAGAAACAGCAUUGCUCGUAUUUGAUGCUUGUCGGGGGAACGAUAAUGAACAAGUCAAGGAGACGACUGGCGCCUUGGUCAAAUCCAUCACUGCCUUCAAAUCAUUUACCGCCACGAACCAAGUGGCUGAAAUACAAAAAUGGCUCAACAUUAUUGCCAAUGAAAUUGUCGCAAGAGUCGCAAAGGACAAGGUGCGCAACAAGCGGUAUCCCAAGACUUGCACUCUCAAUUAUACCUACUAUACGACUCGCAAUGGACAACGCCCAAACGAUGGCUCCCAUCGGAGCCAGCGGAACACCAAGUCGGUUCGAUUGCAGUAUCCAAAUGAAGGCAUGAAGGCGUCCAAAAAGGCAGAAACACUACAGGAGCAAGCCAUGGAAAAGCUGAUUCCAAUUUUGCAAAAACAAAAAUUGCGAGGAGUUGGCAUGUCGGCCAACAAUUUUGAACCCAUGGGACCUUCAGGAGUUUCGUCCAUUGAAAAUUUCUUUUCUUCUUCUGGUGGUGCCGAAACAACAAAGGGGGGUGACGGUAGGAUCGCAUCGAGCCAUCGAUUUUCGAAUCAUCCACCACAGCAACAAUCCAUGCUUCGUUCUGAUGGCGUGGAACAAUACUUUUCUUCCAAAUCGGACAUGAUCGCAGCAGAAUCCCUCUCGUUGUCAGAGGCAAAACAAGGUCCAUUGCCAUCUCUCAAUAACGACGACAAUGAUCCACGAGCCAUCACUCCAGAUGGCAGUACAGAAAAGAGUGACGAAGAGUUGGCCAAAGAAUUGCAAGCUAGCAUUUCCAAGAAAGACAAUGACGAUAGCAGUAGUUCCAGCAAUCGACCUCCACUGGUGGUCUCGAAGGAACCACCACCAACACCCGUUGACAACGAUAUGGAACUGGCGCGACAAUUGCAGGCAAAAUACGAUCGUGAAAAUUACGUCUUGACUGCCACCAGUCGACGAUCGACAGCUGGAGGUCCACCCAGAAAGAAGGCUCGAAGUAUCAAAACCUUUUUUCAGCCACGAUAG